AGGCCAAACCUUCCCUUCCCGGUCGCCAAUUUUUACCUUCCUGCCUUACGCGCUAUUUUUCCAGCUAAGUAUUCUUUCCUUCUUUUUUUUUCAUUGAACGAUCUUAUUUUUUGUGAGUUUUAUUAGAAUUAGGUUGCUGUCGAUCUUGUUCUGUGAGAUCCAUCGCCAAAAAUUUAACCUUUUUGGUUUCCAUCUGGUUUUUGGAACCAAUUUCUAUUAUAGAUUCUGGAUAGAAAGAAACCUAGUUGAGAUCCGGGCCAGAUUUUUUUUUUUUUUGGUGCUUCAUAUAGGUUUCAGGAUUUAGUACCCAGAUCUUGAUCCCUAUGUUCUUGCACGAAAUCAAUCUCUAGCCUUUAUGAAUUUCUCUACUCUUCGCGUCUGCUUCCUCCAAUCCUUGUCGGUUGUGUUUCUUUACUGGUUCUACGUUUUCUCAUGAAUUAAACCCCAAAAUUUUCGCUUGAUACCAAUCGAUUCUCCACAAAGUCCAAAUCUUUGGAAUCAUCGGCAAAGAUCUUUUUUUUUUGGCAAAAGAAAUGUCUGGGAGGCCAGCCCGCCAAUCUUCCAGCUCUGAGAACUCUGGGGUAAUGGUUGACGAGAGAAAGAGGAAGAGAAUGGUGUCAAACAGGGAUUCUGCUCGGAGAUCUCGCCUGAGGAAGCAGCAGCACCUCGAUGAGAUUGUAAAUCAGGUUGCUAAUUACAAGAAAGAAAACGAUCAAAUUGAGAUGCAAAUCAAUAUGCACAUGAAUCAAUAUCUGAAGGUGGAAUCUGAGAACACUAUACUCAGAACUCAGAUUAUAGAAUUGACUGAUAGGCUUCAAUCCAUGAAUUCUGUUCUUCGAUUUGUUGAGGAGUUCAGUGGAGUUGCUAUGGAUAUUCCAGAGAUUCCAGAUCCGCUUUUGAAGCCAUGGCAGCUCCCUUGCCCAGGACAGCAGAUAGUUGCAUCUUCGAAUAUGUUUCAGUGGUGAGUGGCUCACCUUAUUGGUUGUGUGUCUGGUUGAUCUGUUUUAGUUGUAAUAUUUGAAAUCUCUUUGUCGUGUUGGUGGUGUUUGAGUCUUAUCAUCUCUAGUUUUCCUGGUUUCAUAUCUGAUGUGAUUUGGGUUAUGUUCAAUGUAACUCUUUCUUUCAAUUACAUGCUGUAGUAUUAAACUUAGCUAAUAUAAAUAGUUUCUUCAAUCAUA